UGGAUGUGCAUGAAACCCUAAUAUUCUACUAUCCUCUAUAUAUAUCCAUAAACCCAAACCUUCCUUCAGCCUCAACCCCGAGAUUAGUAGUAGAAUAGGAUUUGCCUCGUUGAAAAAGCUCAAACCUCGAUUUUCCAGAUCUUCUCUCUCUAUCUCUCAUUGCCAUGGCUUCCUCGACCGAAAACAACAACGAGAAGCUAACCCUAAAAUCAUCCGACGGGGAGGAAUUCCUCGUCGAAAAGCAAGUGGCCCUCCAAUCCACCCUAAUCCAAAGCAUGUUAGACUCCGACUGCUCCUCCGCCAACACCAUCCCUCUCCCCAAAAUCGACGCCAAAACCCUAGCCCUAGUCCUUGAAUACUGCAAGAAGCACGCGAAUGCGUCUUCUUCGAAACAAGAGGAACUAAAUAGCUUCGACUCGGAAUUCUUGAAGGACUUGGAAUUCGGUGCCCUGUUUCAUCUGGUGUUGGCUGCGAAUUUUCUGGAAAUCAAGGGGUUGUUGGAUAUCAUGGCUCAGAAAAUCGCGGAUACGAUCAAGGGCAUGCCGCAUCAGGAGGUCCGUAAGGUGUUCAAUAUCGAGAAUGAUUAUACCCCUGAGGAAGAAGCCGCCGUUCGGGAGGAGAACAAGUGGGCUUUUGAAGGAUUUCCUUGAUGAUAAUUAAAUUUAAUAGUUAUAAUAUUUUACUCUUUUUUUUAAGAGGAGGAAUGAAUAGGUUUUUUUUUUGCUUU